AUGGUGAACAACAAACAAACUUUCAAAUCCCAAGAAGUGACAAUCAUUCCACCUUUUCAAAACACACUGAGAGUAAAGGCUGGCAACCCCUCUCACAAUGGCCGUGUGUGCAGCACAUGGGGUAACUUCCACUUCAAAACCUUUGAUGGGGACAUCUUUUACUUCCCUGGAGUCUGCAAUUACAUCUUUGCAUCCAACUGCAAGUCUUCCUAUGAGGACUUCAACAUCCAAAUUAGGCGUACAGUGGCGGAAAAUGCUACCGUGAUCACUCACGUCAUCAUGAAGCUGGAAGGAACAGUGAUUGAACUGACCCGUGGCUCUGUCCGGCUAGACAACAAAUUGGUUCAGAUGCCCUACAGCCAUAUGGGAGUCUUGAUAGAGAGAAGUAACAACUAUCUGAAAGUUUCUGCCAAGUUAGGGCUGACCUUCCUUUGGAAUGAACAGGAUGCCCUCCUGGUGGAACUAGAUAAGAAAUAUGCCAAUCAGACUUGUGGACUUUGUGGGGACUUCAAUGGAAUUCCAGUUAAUGAUGAAUUUAUUUCAGGGAGGACAAAACUAACCCCCAUACAGUUUGGUAAUAGGCAGAAGAUGGAUGGACCCACAGAGCAGUGUGAUGAUCCUAUUCCUUCUACUGUUCAGAUGAACUGCUCAGCAGAAUUUGCUUCUAUCUGUGAGACAGUAUUAACCAGUAAAGCAUUUACGAGUUGCAACAUGCUUGUCAAUGUUCAGGACUACAUCGAAACUUGCAUACAAGACCUAUGCCACUGUGAUAGCUCAAUGGCUGACUUCUGUAUGUGUAACACUUUUGCUGAAUACUCCCGGCAGUGUGCUCAUGCAGGUGGACAGCCUCUGAACUGGAGAACCUCACAACUGUGUCCCAAAUCAUGUCCGUUCAACAUGCAAUACCAUGAGUGUGGCUCUCCCUGCUCUGACACGUGCAGCAACCCGGAACGAUCUGCACUUUGUGAAGACCAUUGUACAGAUGGCUGCGUCUGUCCUCCAGGAAUGGUGUUUGAUGACGUUAAUGGUGCUGGCUGCAUUCCCCGCAGAGAAUGCCACUGUACCUAUGAAGGUGAAACUUAUGCUCCUGGUGCCUCCUUCUCAUCUAAAUGCAGAUCAUGUACCUGUGUUGGAGGUGAAUGGUCUUGUGUCACUCAGUCAUGCCCUGGGACUUGCAGUAUUGAAGGAGGCUCCCACAUUUCAACAUUUGAUGAGAAACAUUACUCUUUCUUCGGAGACUGUAGCUAUGUCCUAACCAAGCUCUGUGACAGCAAUGAAUUCACAGUUCUGGGAGACAUCCACAAGUGUGGCCUGACUGAAACUGAGACGUGCCUCAAGGGUAUAGCCAUCAGCCUGAGUGGAGGACAAACUAACAUUGUGAUCCAACCUUCUGGUAGUGUAUUUGUGAAUAUGAUCUACACACAGCUGCCAUUCUCAGCAGCAAAUGUCACCAUCUUCAGACCUUCAUCUUUCUUCAUCAUUCUGCAAACAACCUUUGGUCUUCAGCUACAGGUUCAACUUGUGCCUUUCAUGCAACUUUUUAUAGACUUAGACCCCUCACAUAAAGGGCAGACCUGUGGUCUCUGCGGAAACUUCAAUGACAUGCAGACAGAUGAUUUCAAAACCACCAGUGGUGUAAUAGAGGGUACUUCAGCUGCCUUUGGCAAUACUUGGAAAACUCGGGCUGAUUGUCCUGAUGCCAAAAAUACCUUUGAGAACCCCUGUACUGUCAGCAUACAAAACGACCAGUAUGCUCAGCACUGGUGUGGACUGCUCUCUGAUACUAUGGGACCUUUUGCUGAAUGUCACUCAACAGUGAAUCCAGAAGUUUACCAGAAGAACUGCAUGUUUGACACAUGUAACUGUGAGAAGAGUGAGGACUGCAUGUGUGCUGCCCUUUCAAGCUAUGUCAGAGCCUGUGCUGCUAAAGGAGUUCUCCUCCCUGGAUGGAGAAGCAAAGCCUGCACGAAAUACACCACCUUGUGUCCGAAAUCUUUGAAGUACACUUACAAUGUCGAUACCUGUCAACCCACCUGCCGGUCUCUGAGUGAGCCUGAUGUCACAUGCAGCAUUAAGUUUGUCCCAGUUGACGGCUGCACCUGCAUAAAUGGAACAUACAUGGAUGAAACUGGCAAAUGUGUGCCUGCAUCUAGCUGUCCUUGUUACUACAAAGGAAUGCCUCUGUCUUCCGGAGAAGUUAUUCAUGAUAAUGGUGUUGUCUGCACUUGCACCUAUGGAAAACUGAGCUGCAUUGGAGAGAAACCUGAACCAGUCUGUGUACCUCCCAUGGUUUAUAUCGACUGUGGUAAUGCCACUGCAGAUGUGGUAGGAGCAGGAUGCCAGAAGAGCUGUCAGACUCUAGAUAUGGAAUGCUACAGAACUCACUGUGUCUCUGGCUGUGUAUGUCCUCAUGAUCAAGUGUUAGAUGGCAAAGGAGGCUGUAUAGCUCCAGAAGACUGUCCAUGUAUUCACAAUGGGAAUUCCUACAAUCCAGGAGAAUCAAUCAGAGUUGGCUGUAACAACUGCACAUGUAGAAACAGAAAAUGGCAUUGCUCUGAGGAACCCUGCCUGGAAACGUGUUCUGUUUAUGGAGAUGGGCAUUAUACCACCUUUGAUGGCAAACGUUUUGAUUUUGAAGGAGACUGUGAAUAUGUUCUGGUCCAGAACUAUUGUGGUCAACAAGCUAUGAAUCAGGGAACCUUCAGAGUCAUCACUGAGAACAUUCCAUGUGGCACUACAGGAACCACCUGCUCUAAGUCUAUUAAAGUUUUCUUGGGGAACUAUGAGCUGGUACUCAGUGAUGGACACUCUGAUGUCAUCCAGAGGACACCUGGAGGAAAAAUGCCAUUCCAAAUCCGUUCCAUGGGUAUCUACCUGGUAGUUGACACCACUGCUGGUCUGAUACUCAUGUGGGACAAGAAGACCAGUAUAUUCAUCAAACUUAGUCCCAGCUUUCAGGGACAUGUUUGUGGACUUUGUGGAAACUAUGAUGGCAAUGGAAAUAAUGACUUCACUACUCGCAGCCAGUCUGUGGUAGGAAAUGUGCUGGAGUUUGCCAAUAGCUGGAAAGUGUCUUCUAGUUGCCCAAAUGCCAAUCGUACAAAGGAUCCAUGCACUGCAAACCCAUACAGGAAAGCCUGGGCACAGAAGCAAUGCAGCAUCAUUACCAGUGAAGUGUUUGCAAAGUGUCACUCCCAGGUUGAACCAAACGAAUAUUAUCAAGCAUGUGUGGAUGAUGCUUGUGCCUGUGACACUGGAGGAGACUGUGAAUGUUUCUGCACAGCAGUAGCUGCCUAUGCUCAAGCAUGCAAUGAGCUGGACAUUUGCAUUUCAUGGAGAACCCCAUCCAUAUGUCCUCUGUUCUGUGAUUACUACAAUCCACAAGGGGAAUGUGAGUGGCACUACAAACCAUGUGGAGCCCCUUGUAUGAAGACCUGCAACAAUCCAAGCGGGAACUGCCUUCAUGAGAUGAGAGGUUUGGAAGGCUGCUAUCCACACUGUCCAAAAAAUAAGCCCUAUUUUGAUGAAGAAACCAUGACCUGUGUUUCUAAUUGUGGUUGUUAUGAAAAUGGGAAAAAUUACAAACCCGGAAUGGAGAUGCCUCCAAAGCAGAAUUGUGAAUCAUGUGAAUGUACAAUUCAUGGCAAAGAAUGCAGAUAUGACGAACAUGAAUGUGUCUGCUUCUAUGAGGGACAGAAAUAUAACUACAAAGAUGUGGUCUACAACACUACAGAUGGAACAGGAGGGUGUAUUGUUGCAAUCUGUGGUCCCAAUGGAACACUUGAAAGGAUUAUCUAUGAGUGUCCAAUCUCAACAUCACCCACAACAGCAACAACAUUUCAUUUCAGCACUACACCACCUGCCAGUACUUCCACAGUGUCACCAACCACAUCAGUAUGUGUUCAUGAAGUCUGUGAGUGGUCAGAAUGGUAUGAUGGCAGUCUGCCAACCCCUGGCUAUGAUGGUGGAGAUUUUGAAACCUUCAGUGAUUUAAGAGCUAAAGGUUAUGAAGUUUGUAAAGCUCCACGGGAUAUUCAAUGCAGAGCAGAAAAAUUCCCUGAUAUACCACUGAAAGACCUUGGUCAAAAAGUAGAAUGCAGUACAACAGCUGGGCUUAUAUGUUACAACAAAGACCAAAUUUCAACAAUGUGCAACAACUAUGAGAUCAGAGUCCUAUGCUGUGUUUUUGUACCAUGUUCUUCCUCAACAUAUCCAGUCUCUACAACUUCUGAAAGUACAACAUUGAUACAUUCAACAUCUGAAGAAACAACAACCACAACCAUAAUGACAAGACCAGUCACCACCUUUCCUUCAACACCUUCUCUUUGCUUUAAAGAAGAAUGUUACUGGUCCAGAUGGUAUGAUGUCAGUUAUCCAGGGUCUGGUUAUGAUGAUGGAGAUUUCGACACCAUUGAGAACAUUAAAAAAAAAGGAUACAAAGUCUGUGCUAACAGAAGGGAUGUGGAAUGCAGAGCAGUGAGGUUUCCUAACACACCAUAUCCUCUCCUGGAGCAAAACAUCCUGUGCAAUACAGAAGAAGGCUUGAAAUGUUACAAUAAAGACCAGUUGCCGCCCAUUUGCUAUAAUUAUGAAUUAAGAUUUAAAUGCUGUGAAAAUAUAACAGUACCAUGCCAAACAACCACUGAAACUAUUAGUACUGAAAAAACAACAGAACCAACUACACUUACUUCAACACGAUUCAGUACAACACCCACAGAAGUAUCAACAACGCCACACUUGAUAACAAAACACAAGACAACACCACCAGAAACAUAUCAACCACAAACAGAUCACAUUAUUACCAGAAACACAACAAAACCAACAACACAAACUCAAAAAGAAACAACUCCUGCCACUACCACAACACACUUCACAAUGACAACUACAAAAACCACUGGAUCCCAGACCACCACCACUACUAUGGUAACCACCCCCUGUGAACCCGAAGUCUGCACCUGGAGCGAAUGGUUCGACGUCGACUUCCCCUCCGCCGGGCCCAACCAGGGAGACUUCGAAACCUACCAGCACAUCCGGGCUGCCGGGAAGCGCGUCUGCCAGCGUCCAAAGGAGAUCGAGUGCCGGGCCGAGGACUACCCCGACGUUCCCAUCCAACAGGUGGGGCAGGUCGUGCAGUGCGACGUCCACUAUGGACUGGUGUGCAAGAACGAGGACCAGACUGGAAAAUUCAAGAUGUGCCUCAACUACAGGAUACGCGUCCUCUGCUGCACCCCCAACUACAACUGCGUAAGCCCCACCACCAGCCCCACCACCAGCCCCAUCACCACCACCACCAGCAGGCCCACGGCAAGCAGCACGCUGCCAACCUCCACCUCAGUCACGACCUCCACCUCCACCUUCCACUCUUCCACCACGCUGCCCACCUCCUCAGAAACCACGUCCACUUCCACCACCACCACCAGCCCCACGCCAACGCCUCCCACAGCCACUCCCACCGUGAGCUCCACCACAUCCACCACCCCCUGUGAACCCGAAGUCUGCACCUGGAGCGAAUGGUUCGACGUCGACUUCCCCUCCGCCGGGCCCAACCAGGGAGACUUCGAAACCUACCAGCACAUCCGGGCCGCCGGGAAGCGCGUCUGCCAGCGUCCAAAGGAGAUCGAGUGCCGGGCCGAGGACUACCCCGACGUUCCCAUCCAACAGGUGGGGCAGGUCGUGCAGUGCGACGUCCACUAUGGACUGGUGUGCAAGAACGAGGACCAGACUGGAAAAUUCAAGAUGUGCCUCAACUACAGGAUACGCGUCCUCUGCUGCACCCCCAACUACAACUGCGUAAGCCCCACCACCAGUCCCACCACCACCAAUACCAGAAGUGAACCUUUCUGGACCAGGACUCCAUCUCCAAUUUUAACAACGCCAUGUUUCUGCAAGAUUGGCGACUCUAUUUUUUCACCUGGUGAUCUGAUUUACAACAGAAUGGAUAGUGAUGGAUGUAGAUUUUAUGCAAUCUGUAGCCCACCUGGAGAACAUUACAAAUUAUCCAACUGUACAGAAGUCAUCUGUAAAGGAGACAAUGAUAUAGACAUAGUACCAACAUACUGCCCACCUGUAAAGGAAAUUACCUGUGCAAACAAAUAUCCUGCAGUCCUAGUACCUGAUGAAAAUGGCUGCUGUUACCGAUAUGAGUGUCCAUGUGUGUGUAGUGGAUGGGGUGACCCUCAUUACAUCACAUUCGAUGGAAUCUACUAUACUUUCCUUGAAAACUGCACUUACGUCCUGGUGAAACAGAUUAUUCCUAAAUAUGACAACUUCCGUGUUUACAUCGACAAUUAUUACUGUGAUGCAAAAGACGGACUCUCCUGCCCUAAAUCCAUUAUUAUUUUCUACAAAUCUGCAGAAGUGGUGUUGACUCGGGAACUCAUGAAUGGUGUCAUGACCAACGUGAUGUACUUCAACAAAAAGAUUGUCAAACCAGGCUUCGAAAAAGACGGCAUUUCUUUCUCCACUCUUGGCAUCAAUAUGAUUGUUGAAAUAAAAGAGAUUGGUGCAACUAUCACCUUUAGUGGUCUAAUCUUCUCUGUGAAACUCCCAUACAGCAAAUUUGGCAACAACACCGAAGGACAGUGUGGAACAUGUACAAAUAACAAAGCAGAUGAAUGCCGUUUACCAAGCGGUAAGAUCAUUUCUUCCUGUCCCCAAAUGGCUCAUCACUGGAUUGUUGAUGACAACAAGACGUGCCAUGGAGUACCAAUAGUACCAACUAUAACCACACCUCCACCAAAGCCUCACUGUGAAACACCUCCUCUCUGCAAGCUUAUCUUGAGCGAGAUUUUUGCACAAUGUCAUACUGUGAUACCACCAGAACCAUUUUUCAAAGGCUGUGUUUUCGAUGGAUGUCGCAUAGAUGAUGAAUCCAUGCAGUGUUCCAGUUUGGAGAUAUAUGCUACAGAGUGUGCGUCUAGAGGUGUCUGCAUUGACUGGAGAGGAAAGACCAACAAUACAUGCUCAUUCAGCUGUCCAGCAAGCUUGGUAUACAAGCCAUGUGGGCCCAUUAAUCCUGAUACCUGUGAUCAAAGCUCUGUUGAGCAUCCUGGCUUUGGAAUAACUGAAGGUUGUUUCUGUCCUGAAGGAACGACACUCCUGAGUGCAGAAAGCAAUAUCUGUGUCCCUGAAUGCUCUUGCAGGGAACCAAAUGGAGUACCCAGAUGGCCAGGAGAAAAAUGGACAAAAGAUUGCCAGGAAUGUGUCUGUGACAAAAAUACUCUUAAGGUGCACUGUACAAAACACAAAUGUUCUCCGACACAGCAAGUAUUUUGUGAUGAACCAGGUUACAUGCCUGUUCAGAUACAGAUACCAGAAGAUCCAUGCUGUACUAGGACUGAGUGCUACUGCAACACCAGCCUCUGCCCUGAGGUCACACCCCAGUGCUUAGAGGGACAAGAAGUAAUCACAAUAAUGCAGCCUGGAAAAUGCUGUCCUACCUUUGAAUGCAGACAUGGCUGUGUAGUCAAUGAAACUUACUAUGCGCCUGGAACUGUCAUUCCAUCAGGCCCCUGCGAAGAAUGCACCUGCUCUGAAUCCUCUUACUUAAGGCCUCACCGUGUUACUGUCAAGUGCAAGCCUGUUACCUGUGACACAUACUGCCCACUGGGUUAUAAGUAUACAGAGGAACCGGGACAGUGCUGCGGCACAUGCAAGGCAGAGGCUUGUGUGGUGACUGUGGGACACAACAUUACACACGUGGUCUAUGAAGGAGAAUACUGGAACCCACCCGGUGAUAACUGCACAGUCUACACAUGUGAAAAACAUGCUGACCAGUUCAUUCAAGUUGUCAGACAGACAAGCUGUCCUGCCUUUAACCCUGAUGAAUGUGAUCUAAAUGACAUCAAGUUAUCUGACGAUGGUUGCUGUAUAGAGUGCCGAAGAAAACCGAAGCUUUGUAUGAAGCACAAUACUACAGCUGUCAUCAAAUAUAACGGAUGUGUAUCUCCUGCACCUGUUGAGAUGACAUACUGUGAAGGCAGCUGUGACGCUUACUCACGAUAUUCUCAAAAGACAAACACAAUGGAACACAAAUGCUCAUGCUGUCAGGAAAUCAAGACCAGCCAAAGAAAGGUGACUCUGACAUGCAGUGACGGAACCUACCUUGACCACUCAUACACCUAUGUGGAGAAAUGCAGCUGUGUGACUGCUCAGUGCAUUCCCCAAGACAGCACCCAACAGGAGACAAGCCAGACAAAGACCUCUCAGGAACAGGCAAAUGCCAAAAAUUAGAACUGGAGACAAGUCGCCAAAUAAGGGCUGGACAUAAGACUAAAAUAAAAAAACUUUGAAAAAAUAUGGAAGUGUCAAGAGCAGCUAAAAUUUUGGAUGAACAGAUGAUAUUUUCUGCAUAAAAUCCCAAUAUGUCUUGUCUACAUAAUUUCAGUUUUCGUUAUCGAUAUAUCUCCCAUUUUUUCUUUCAUGUCUUUUACCUCCUUGAGAAGCACAGCAUAAGGUCAUCUUGUCAUUUGCUGUUCAUUUGUCUUCUGAGAAGUGCUGUAACAUAAGAUUGAGAGAUGGAUUUUUAAUAACAUUCUCAUUCCAGUUCAUUGAGACAAAUCAAAAGAUAAAUCCAGAAAACAAACAAAAACCAAGGAAAACUGUACCUCUCUGCGUCUAUAUGUUUCUUUUUGCAUUGAGGAAAACUUAGACUGCAGAAAGCCAUACUUUUUCAAAAUUGUAAACUUCAAUAUUUUGGACAAUGUAUGAUGGACAUAUUUCCCUAUAUAUUUUUUGUGAGAAAAAGGAAAAAAUCCUAUUACGACAAGCUGCUGCACACUACUUUUUGUUUACAUAACACCAUCAGCAUAGUAACUGUAUGAAAAUAUGGAUUUUUUUUGUUUUGUUUGUGGUUAACUGUUUACAGAAGAAGUAUAUAUAUAUAU